CUUUUCUCUUCAAACACUCUCAUUAUACAUCUUCACACAGCUCGGGCAUGAGCGACAUUGAUGCCUCGAAGGCCGACAUGCAACUCUACAAACCAGUGGCGACUAUAGCCUCGGCCGUCAUCGACGGCUCGCGCCUCGAAGGCGGGGGCCAACUCGUGCGCAAUGCCGUCGCGCUCUCUGCGCUCAUGUCCAAGCCGAUUAUCGUGCAAAACAUUCGUCAAAAUCGAGUCCCCCCGGGAUUGAAGAAACAGCAUCAGGCCGGCAUACAGCUUGUUGGAGAGAUUGCGUCCGCGACGCUCGCCGGAGUACGCGACUGCUCUACAGAGAUCCACUUCCACCCGGGCGCGCUGCGCCUCUCGCGCGAGUACAAAGCCGAUUCAAAGACGGCCGGCUCGACCGCGCUCCUUCUCCAAGUCGCACUGCCCACAAUCCUCUUCUUCUCGGCUCCCACAUCGCCGCCGACACGCCUCGUGCUGCGUGGGGGCACAAAUGCGCUGCACGCGCCGCAGAUCGACUACACGAGCGUCGUCCUGCUCCCAUUCCUCCGCAGGCUCGGGCUCGAGCCGCAUUUGGACGUGCGGAGGCGCGGGUACUGGCCCAAAGGCGGGGGCGAGGUCGAGUUCGCUCUGCCCCCAGUGCCGGGCCCGCUGCGCCCCGUGACGAUGCUGACGCGCGGGGCUGUCCGUGCCGUACGCGGGCGCGCAUAUGUGUCGGGGGUGCCGGCGUUCCUGGCGCGGGAGAUGCGGGACGCGGCGAUGGCGUAUCUUGUCUCGAGGGGUGUGGACGCGUCGGUGAUCGAUAUCGAGGCCGUGCGUGAAAGGGACAAGGACGCGUUGGGGGGUGCAUCGGGGAUUUUUGUGUGGGCGGAGACGGUGGAGGGAUGCUUGAUCGCGGGCAGCGCUGUGGGAAUGAAGUUGCUACAUCCGAAGACGGUCGGGGAGGAGGCAGCAGAACUGUUGUGGAGGAAUCUGGAGCACGGGGGGUGCGUCGAUGAGUUCAUGCAGGACCAGAUGAUCAUCUUUCUCGCUCUCGCGAAGGGCGAGUCAAUCGUGAAGACAGGGCCGUUGACGUUGCACACGAAGACGGCCAUAUGGGUUGCCGAGCAGCUCACCGACGCCAAGUUCGAAAUCGAGGAGGAUUCGUCGGGACAAGGUGUCCUCAUCCGAUGUCAAGGUAUCGGUCUCACCGCCGAGCAAAUACCACAUACGAACAAAACAGAGGCUAGCCCACCACCACGUGCGAAAAGCCGCGUCUUAUAUGAUUCCCUAUCGAAACGCUGAGUACAAACAAGGAUUUCAAUCCAUUAUUAUCCUGCGCACUGAGCAGGCUCGCCGACGACAGCCGCCGCGCGCGCGAAAAUAAUACAUGUAUAGCAAACUGUCCAGUACAUAUGGUGGAAAUUAGAUGCGCGACGGGAACCCCUGAUCACCGAUUCCAAGAUAGAAGACUCAUGUCUCCGAGCCGCCUGCGGGAAAGGGCACGUGAGUGGACAAUGGCGAGAGCAAGGUGGGGAAAGGGGUACCUUGGCUUCAGGAGGUGUCGGAUAGUACCUGUGACGGCGAGCAGAACGAAGAGACCGGCUGCAGCCACGUAUGCCCAGCCGAGGAACGGGUUCUUCCCCCC